CUCCUCAAGAAAUUUAAAAACAAAAAUUUAAAAAAAUGAUUCGUUUCACUUUGGUAUGCUUAGCCGUCACUGCUCUGGUUAUAUCUGCCAAAUUAACCACUACCAAAAUUCCGUUCAUCAUAAAUGAAAAAGGUCAUAUGUGGUUGCUGGUCUCUGGAAUGAAUUAUAGUUUGAAUAAAAAUUUAACACUGAAAAUAAAAGAUGCAAUUUGUACAACAAAAAUAGAUUUCAGUAGACCAAAUGAGAAAGAAAAGAAAGCGAAAAAAGGAAUCAGAACUAUGAUUGUGUCAUGCAAAGAUGAAUUACUGAAAAAGGAGUUAGCUAAGGAUAAGAAAAAGCCUGAAAAGUCAAGCAAGAAGAACUAACUUGUUGGCCUAAAACUGUGAAUACCAUUUUACACUUUUUGUUGUUCAUAUACUUGUGUUGUAAGCCUUUUAUUCUCUAAUACAACCGUUUCAUGAAAAUAAAUGUACUAAUUAAGAGAA